GGACCGCAAACAUUUACAGAGAGAGAGGGAUGUCACAUUCUCUCUCCUUGGCUUGUCGUCGAGCUCGGUAACAGAGCUCUAAUGGUGGAGGCGUGAAAGCGGUCGUGGGUUGGCUUCUUCCUCGGUCGGGCUGACGGUGUGUUUGAGAGAUGCCGACAGUGAGGUACCAGAUAAGGAACGAGUACGGGCUAGCGGAUCCGGAAGUUUACCGGGCUGCUGACAAGGAUGACCCAGAAGCGCUUCUCGAGGGGGUGGCGAUGGCCGGUCUAGUCGGAGUGUUGAGACAGCUCGGAGAUCUCGCAGAGUUUGCUGCGGAGGUAUUUCAUAACUUACAUGAAGAAGUGAUGGCAACUUCUGCUAGAGGGCAUAGUCUGAUGCUGCGUGUUCUACAGCUGGAAGCAGAUUUUCCAUCAAUAGAGAAAGCCAUUCUCUCUGAAACUGAUCAUUCACAUUGUGCUUACAGUGCAGGUAUCGAUUGGCAUGCAAAUCUUAGAGUUGAACAGAAUUUAGUCGUUCAAGGAGAUAUGCCUCGUUUUAUAUUAGACUCAUAUGAAGAAUGCCGUGGUCCUCCACGGCUAUUCAUGCUAGACAAGUUUGAUGUUGCUGGUGCUGGAGCAUGCUUGACGAGGUACUCUAAUCCUUCCUUCUUUAAGACAGCGUCAGCCUUCUCGGAGAUGAUGGAAGAAGCACAAAGAGAGAAGAGAGCUCGAAAACCCAAGAAGAAAGGAUCUUAUUGGAGAAGUGGUGAGACAACGGCGUCAUUCUUUGCACCAAUUAUAGACUACUUUCAAUUUACAGCUUCUGAACCAGCGCCUGGGAAAUUUCCAGCAAAGAUUGUGAAGUUGAAACACAGGAAAUUGAGAGUUUCAGAUGUAAGCAGUAGAAAAAGCUAUAUGGAUGGUUUUCUUAAAGAAGAAUCAUUUGAGCAAAAUGAUUCCAAAAGCUCGUUACGUGGUUGCCCCAAUAAUAAAAUUAUAGAUGGGGCUCCAGAAAUGGGGAAAGUUCUAAAUGGCGGCGUAAAUAAUCCUUUACUGGUCAGACAAGAAUUUUUUCCCCAGUCCCUUAAAGAAGUGACUGGAAAAGUGCAGAAUCCAAAAAGAGGGGAUUUUUUAGAAACUCUGUCUGUAUCAUCUCGUGUUUCACAAAAAGUCUAUCCAAAUUCUCAAAAUGCUAAAGAAGCAUUGUUGAUGGAACUUGAAAAUGAAGUAAACAUCCAUGCUUUUGACAUUAGUUCCGAUGAAAUUGAUAUGAAUCCUCCACUCCAGCAGCUAGCAGGGCAGAACAACAAUUUGGCUGUUUCUGGAUUCCUAACAGAUGAUGAUCAUGAUAGUUACAGGUCUGAUGAUAUUGGGAGUGAGUUGGAAAAUUAUGUUGACGCCUUGAACAUCAUAGAAUCUGAAAUAGAAACAGAUCCUGAGAGCAGAGCUAAAUCAGAUCCAAGUCUCUUCAAACUUAAUUCUUCAGAGACGCAUUCUAAUAUCAAUGGACAACUUGAACUGCAACCUCGAUCUUGUAGAUCGGGUAUUGUUGGAAACUUUGAUACAUCAGUGAGUUUAGAAAAAAUGAAGGAUAGUCUGUCACAGUCAACUGUUUUGGUUGAGUUACCUGAUCAACAACUUAAGGUGGGAACUAUUUUUGAAGAAACUUCUAGUUUAGAAAUUAACCAUGGGGAAACAGGAAAAGUAGAAAGGAUGAGUGAAGAUAUAACAUUAGUUUCAUCAGCCUAUUUGACAUCUAAUGAAACGUGCUAUCAGAAACAACCCAAUGCUGCCAUGGUUGUUCCUAUAAGUAGAGAAGCUUUCACUAGUUAUUGCGUAACAGAUUCAGAUUUAAAGACCCAACCUAAUGUGGAGGAAGCACAAUCACUUGCUCUUCAUUCAGAUGAAGCUAUUUCUGGAAGUACAAAAAAUGCUCCUGUAAUUGAUGAACACGUUGAUUCCUCUUCUCCUUCUUGGCAAACAAAUCAUACUGUGGUUUUUCCCACAUUUAAAGAACGUGCUGAGAUUCCUACUGAUAUUUUUGAAGAAAUGAAUCCCGUAGAAUAUAGUGAAGACAGAAUUUCACUAAAUAUAACAGAUGAAGGAUAUAUGCAGUGCGCUUCAUCAGAAACUGAACAUGGUAUUUUACCUGAGAAGGCUCUUGCUGAAUGUUCCAAAGAUUUAUCAACCUUGGUUGAUGAUGGGAUAGGAAAGCCAUUAGAGGUGUUGGAGCCAGAUAAAAAUGAUUAUAUAUCUGGAAGUUCCUUGCCAACUAUACCCAUGGCUUCUACUGUUCUGGAAUCUCAAGAUUCGUCUUAUGAUUUGGAGAUUGAUAUUCAGUCAGAAGGUUUAGCCAUGAAAAUUUCCCCAAAUUACAUGGAGGGCAAAUUUGAAGAAAGCAAGCAGUUAAACUCUAGCGUUCUAUUCCCUGCUGGGUCAGAUAAACUACAUUUAGUAGGAAGUAUUGACCGUGGAUCUUAUGGAUCCACUCAAACCUCUGAAAAUGUCGAUGAUAAUUUAGCAUACAUAUCUGAUGAAAGAGAUUCCCCUCAUGGAAGCCGAAAUAACUCAGGGACAGGUCUAUUAUCAGGUUAUACUGAAAAAAAAAUGUCUAAUGAUUUGAUCAACACAUUGGAGACAUCCGAAUCUCCACAAACCCAAGCAGAAAGUUCUCUUAUGGAGGUUUGUUCCGUUUCUGGUAAAGAUUCUUUGCACGAUUCAGUGGAAAAAGACAAUGAAGCCAACUCUGUUGAGAAUCUAUCACCAAAAAGUUCUGACUUUGCUCUUGGGAUUGUUUCUUCCAUUCUGAAAUAUGAAAGUUUUGCUAAUGAAAAUGGGAAUAUUUCUGCAACUCAGGAGGAAUUUGUGCAUGUCUCACCAACCAUUCCAUAUGAGAUAGAGCAUUUUCCUGCUGUAGAUGAGCCACAGGAAUCUUCCAGCGUGGUUAUGCUAAAAACCCUGCCAUCUAGUUGCAGAGAAGAUCCUGAUGCCAAUCAAUUGCACCGUGAAGAAUCAGAGUUGUUGGAGACAAAUGGAGAAGAACGUGUUUGUGAUGGAUUGGAAUUCGCAAAUGAUUCUACUAAGCUUAGUGCUCAGCAUGAUGUGCUGCUGCUUGGUGACAGCAAAAAUAAUUCAGUGACUGGGAAUGGUAUCACUAAAGACAGUAUAAAUGACCAGGUUCUAAAUGUGCAAGAAUCUACAAAAGUAACCACUUUUGAUGUUCUGUUACAAGAAGAUCCACUUUCAGAGGAUGAUACGCUGCAUCAGCCUUAUUCUGAUGUCAAAGAGCCAUACAUUACAAGUGAUUCUACAUCUUUGCAGUCUGAAAACAAAUCUUAUUUGUUGUUUACUGAGAACGAGGAAAUAGAAAUGUUUUUUAAUUCAGUAUCGAGAAGGCCUUCAUCUACUCUAGACUUGUCAAACUCAUCUGAAGCUAAAUUAGUUGAUGUUAAUGAGGUUAAAUUAUGCUCGAGAGAAAAUGACCAACAUUCUGAUUCAAAAUCUGAGAAUGUUAUCAUUAAAGAUGAUACUGCUGAUGGUGAGGUUCUUUCCCUGUUACAAUCUUCAAAUGUAUGCAACUUUGAUGUGCAGUUUCAAGAAGAUCCAGUUUCUGAGGAUGCUGACUUGAAUCCCAAUAAGCCAGUGCUUGAAAAUUUGAAUGGUGCAAAUUCUGAUUCAAAAUUUAGCAUUGUCACUCAAGAUGGGACUGAUGGAGGGAUUCUAUGCUCGUCAGAAUCUUCAAAUUUAUACAGCUUUGAUGUACACAUUCAAGAAGAUUCAGUAUCUGAGGAUGUUUACUUGAAUCAGCGUAAACCCGAGAUUCAAGAGCCAUCUAUUGCAAGUGACUUAACAUCCUUGAAUUUUGAAAACAAGUUGCUUGCACCUCUUUGUGAGAAUGCAGACCAGAAUGCUGUCGGUAUAGUUUCAAGCUCUCAAUUACAAGAUCAAAAUUUGUCCAACUUGACAUAUGUUAAGUUAAAUGAUCAGUAUUUUGAUGAUAUUUACAUGGAAGAGAGUUUGAAAUCCUCCAGAGAAGAUGAGCAACAUUCAGAUUCAGAUUCUUCCAUGCAGCAUUUUCAGGCUGAGGCAGAAAGUCUAGAAGUCCCAUCUGAGAAAGCUUCUGUAUCCCAAGCAGGUGAUGAACCAACUACAGAACCUUUAUAUAGAGUGCUGGAGAAUAUUGAACCUUCUUCCAUACAAUUGGAUGAAGUUUCCUCCGAUGAACCUACUACUAUCUCGUAUAACUUGGAACAUGAAGGGUUAUUUUCAGAACCAAUCCCUGAGACUUUGCUUAAGCAUAAAUGCAUGAAUGAGUUGAGCAUUCCUUCAUCAAAGGCGUCUGAUCAUGAACAAAAAGAGACACAUAUAUCUGUUUCAUUUGAAGGUGUUUCUGAAUACCCUGGGAGCUCUAUGGAUUCUGAAGCUUUGGCUUCAGGAUCUACAUUUGGCAUCCAGGAAACUCUCAACGCAUCGACAGACGAAACGAUCUGCAGCUUCCCAAUACAAGAAGACAUUGAAGAAACACCUCCCUUACCACCACUUCCCCCUAUGCAGUGGAGAAUGGGUAAACCUCAACUGGGAUCUCUAAUUACAUUUGAACCUCAACCUGUGAUGAAAAUGCAUAUAAAUCCUUUUCCAGGUUCCAGAGAAAAAAUGAAUCACCAUGCAGGCUCCUUUGUGACACCUUUAGCUUUUGAAGAGAGUUUUCAGAAUGCAGGCCUUUCCUUGUUGGCUUCAUCUAAAGAAGAUGAAAAGCAUUCACAUGGUAAUAUCACAAUAAAUGAAGAGAACCCAAUCACUGAUGCUCUAUCGCUCAAGGAUGUGAUUCCCCAAGAUCAGGACCUUUUGGUACUAGGCAACCCUCAGUCUAUAAAAGAAAGGAGGCCAAAGCUGGUCAAGUUGUUACCAGGCUUGGAGUUGGAAAGAUCACUAGAAGCCCCUGUUAUUGAUAGAGAUGCAAAUCCACCUUUUAGCUCAUUCACGUUCAUGCCAACUGCAGGAGAUGCUAUGUAUCAAUAUGGCUAUGGAGAUUAUCAAAAUUUGUCAUCACCAUUUCCAGUUGCACUUCAGAGCAUUCCUCACUAUGCUUAUCAUAUGUUUUUAAGGGAAGGAAGUUCAUCUGCUAUGUAUGAUAUGUUACAAGAUAUGGAAGGUGACAAACCAAGUGAAAAACAGCAUUCCAUUCUAAACAGGCCCAGAGAUCCUCUCAUGGAGGCUGUUGCCGCUCAUGAUAAAAGCACGUUGAGGAAGGUAUCAGAACUUGAUCGGGCAUUAAUGAAACCAAAGGAAGAUGAAAAGAACCAUUUGCUUGAGCAGAUAAAAACUAAGUCCCUCAACCUGAAGCCAGCAACUUCAAAGGCCAACAUGGCCAAAGCUCCUUCAACAAACCUGAAGGUUGCUGCAAUUCUAGAAAAAGCAAAUGCAAUCCGGCAGGCUUGUGCGGGAAGUGAUGAAGAUGAUGAUGAUAAUUGGAAUGACUCGUGAGGUGCAUCAUUGCUUGAAACCUUAUGCUAAGAUUUCUUUUGAAACGGUUUUCUUAAUGCUUCUUAAAACAGUUUUUUAGUUUAAAAAUUAAAAUUUUUAUACUAGAAAGCUGCUUUAAGAAGCAAUAAAAAAAUCGUUCCAAAGAAAGCCUGAUUCUCCACGAAGCUGCUCAUCCAUCCAAUGCCAUCUAUCAGUCAAAAGCUGAUUCAGCAAUUUGGCGAGCUGUUGGAGAUGCUCUAGAAUUUGAAGAAAUCUUCCUCGAGCCUGACAAGCCAGCCAAAUAUUUAAAAAAGAGGUUUUUGUCUUCCUGCAUAUUGUAUCUAGUCAUGUAUAAUCUUGCCUUCUAUCCUUCUUUUGCCAAAUGUAAUAUCAUAUAUAGUAAGUCUGCCUCACCACUCCAGCCAAGAUAGAAAUGGAUCGAUCUUGGUCACCGUGUAACUACAAUUAAUUUGUGAAAUUUUGUUGUUUAGAUUCCUGAAGAGGUAGAAGAAAAUGUCUUAACUCUUCUUCUUGACAAA